AUGAACGACUCACCCCUUCCUACUUAUGUGGAAAGCAAAUUCUCUAUCUUUCAGCAGGCCCUUGGACAGUACGAGGUCGCGCUCGGCAGCGACGUGAUUCAUGACCGUCACAUCACGGAGGCUAGGGUCCGGGCUGCCGCCUUCGCGCUGGCGAGCUGUGUGCAGGUAGCGACUGCCCAGCUCAAGAGCGUGUUGGUGGUGGACGUGCUACUAGCGGACUACUAUCAGGUAGUAGAGGAGAAUCAGGUCCUUCAGGUUUAG